GGAUACCAUUACAGGAGUCUGAGCCUUAGAGUGAAAGAGGGGUGUAUUCCCUAGGAAGUAUUACACAAAGAAUGGCUGGAGUCUCCAUUACCCCAAACUAAGCAAGUGAAGUAAAAUAGCUAAGGACAGAAACUGUGUCCACUUCAAGUUGCGGCUUGGCCGGGCACCUGCUGAAGAAUGCUUCCGGGGACCCCCGACACUAGCCUGCGCUUCCCUGGGAACAGAGGGUUGGAAUUCUCUGAAAGAAGCCAUACCGGGUCUUCCUCUUUGGAGUCCUCCACCUUCUCUCGACCUCACUCCUGAUCAACCCCCAACAGUCCCCCAGGAUGCGGAAGGAGAAACUUGAUGAUGGGCACUUAAACAACUCCCUGGGUUCUCCAGUUCAAGCCGACGUGUACUUCCCAAGACUGAUAGUUCCAUUUUGUGGGCACAUUAAAGGUGGCAUGAGACCAGGNAAGAAGGUAUUAGUGAUGGGCAUCGUAGAUCUCAACCCCGAAAGCUUUGCCAUCAGCUUGACCUGUGGUGAUUCUGAAGAUCCUCCUGCGGAUGUGGCAAUUGAACUCAAAGCUGUGUUCACAGACCGGCAGCUGCUCAGAAACUCUUGUAUCUCAGGAGAAAGAGACGAAGAGAAUUUGGCAUUCCCUUACUUUCCAUUCGUCCCAGACCAGCCGUUCAGGGUGGAGAUUCUUUGUGAGCACCCGCGUUUCAGAGUGUUUGUGGAUGGACACCAACUUUUUGAUUUUUAUCAUCGUAUUCAAACGUUAUCUGCAAUUGACACCAUAAAGAUCAAUGGGGACCUCCAGAUCACCAAACUUGGCUGAUGUUUAAAGCACUUCUAUUUCAAAUAUGAUCGAUCAGGUGCCACAACUACAUGUCUGAAAGAAGUGUCCUAGCCAGAUCUGGAGACUUAAAAAAGAAAACAAAAACAAAGACAGACUUCACUGUCUCUUUCUGUGCAGUCUAAGUCCAGAGUGACAACCUCAUCUGUGGUUUGCCCAGAAGAAGAAAACUCGCAAGAAAGACACUGAGCCAUUAUACCCAGAACAAAGUAAUACAUUUAUGCUAGUUUUUAUUCAAACUAAACUAAAAUGGAUUUGUGAUGAUUUGUGAUUUGGUAGCAAUUACUAAUCAUUUCAAAGCAAGGUGAUAUUUAGAAACAAAAGUGCUAAAGACCUUAAAAACAACAACGGUACAUCAAAUCUGCACUGACGUGGAAUUGCGUAGCACAACCGACAUUUUAGUCAGGGUAUUUACAUAGAAUGUAGAUUGUGCAAGAUUUGGUUCUUAUGUUUUCUUGGGUUUUGUUUUGUUUUUGGCACAGCAUCUUGUUAACUUGGAUUUUUAGGCAUUCUCGAUUAAUUUAUUUAUAUUUAGUAUAUGUAUUAAUGUAUCAGAGAAUGAGCAAUGUCUACAAAUUAUGAACUUAGGUUGCAGGGGAAAAUUUAUGCAAAACAACCAUAAAAUAAGUGGAUUUUCCCUUAAAGAAUUUGAGUAUAUUCUCCUUACCCCUCAACUUUGGCUUCUUAACAUAAAUUGCUAUAAGUGCUUUUGGGGACAUUUUUGCAACACUUCGAUAAAGCUCUAAAGUUCUUGUCGAUGAUGGGAACUUUUGUUUGCGUUGCUUUUUCUCCUUCCUGUGAAUNAGCACAGUAUUGGCUUCCUUAAGGCUAACUACCCCUUAGAUUUACAUACUAGCUCAUUAACUUGUUAUUAAAUUAAUGGAAAGCAUAUAAGAGGUGAUUGCAUAGACAGCUUUUUAAAUAACUAUAUAUCAGUUUUUAAUAGUAUGCUAUGAAAAUGGUUCCAGAAUGCAGUGUUAAGCAGAAGCAAGUUGCCCCAAAUUACUUACUGAGAAAUAAUUUAUAUCAAUCGAGGCUGUUAGCUCAUUGUCUACUUUUUCUUCUGAGACCCUGCCCAGUAUCCCUAGGCAUUGGCUGUUAGCUCCUUGUAUACUUUUUCUCCUGAGACCCUGCCCAGCAUCCCUGAGCAAUGCCUUUGGAGCUUCUGAGUAAACAGUGCUGCCUCCCUGGUGGAUACGGUGGGAUCCAGCUGGGUCAUCUGAGAGAUCAAGUCCCAGGAUCUCAGCCGACAGUGACCAUGCUUCCAGGGAAACUGCUUCUCUGCGCUUGCAGAACCACCAACAGGCUGCAGGUGACUAAGGUAUCUGCAAGGUUAGAUGCUAGGUGUUUCAUACACUGCGAGGGUCCUAGAGAGAAGGGCUUUGGCAUUGCUUUGGGCAGGUAGUGGGAGAAGAAAGGGAUCCUGGGUGGGGUGUAUUUAUAUAUAAUUUAGGUUUUGUUUGUACAGUGUAUAUGUCUUAUUAGGGCACCUCUUCGUCCUUCGCUUUUAAAGUUUUUUACACAACAUGCAGAGGCACUGAAGUGGCCAUGUCAUCUUCAUGUGUCAAGAAUGUAGACAGUGUUUCAGAACCAAAGUCUAAGAUAAACAAAGCAAAAUCAAAUAAGGAAUCUUUAUAGAGGAUAUAUUUGGAUUCUUCUCAACUUUGAAACUGUUUAGCACAGUUCCAUGGUGUUAUAUACAAAGCCUUGGCCAAGACCCGCUGCAUCUUAAAAGGCUUUCUGCUCUAGCUGGCUUCUCAGGCAGCCAGGAGAGCUGCUUUGUAGCUCCAGGGUUUUUGGGUUUUUUUGUUUGUUUGUUUGUUUUUUAAGCCUGUGAGCAAUAUCUCAUGGGUUGAAAAGCCACUUUAGAGGAGUGUCUGUCAAGAGACUUAGAACACACCCCGAAAAACAUUUAUAAGAUUUGGAUUCGAUUCAUGCAGUAAGCAUCCCCCUCAGGAGGGAUCUUCUAAGUGGCCAAGCAUGUGUAACUCAGCAGAAGCUUGGGGACAGGGAGUAUAAGAGAUUGGAAGUGGCUUUUCUCUCUACCCGUCAGCUAACUCAGAAGCAGCCAAUCCCGUACUAGGCUGCUUGGUACUGAAAAGCAGUAUUAAACUCCCAGAUCAGCCUCCUGGGAGGUGUCUAAGUGGUGCAUGGAGUUGAUUUUGGACUAGUUAAUCAAUAGGGGCCACAGCCCAACUCACUGUCCAAAUGGCUAGCUAGAAACUGGGACAAGUUCACAGUCCCCUCAGCCUGAGAGGUCAAAUGUGGGGAAUUCAGGAUGGAAAGUGCAAUUUCAAGCUUCCUGGGGAAAGCACUGCACUCACGAGGAGUUCUGUCCACCCAGGGCCAGAGUCUCGCAAUGACCAAAACCAAGGGAUAACAAUCAGGCUCUGGGGCAAUAAGCAGGCUUUAGACAAUCUGCAGCAAAGGUGGAGGAAAUGUGGCUAUCUACCACGUUAACAGAUGACUUCUACUUCCUGGGCGAUCCCAGAAUUGUCUUAAAAUGAUUAUUUUUUUAAAUUUUGAAGCCCAGUUUCAAAUCUUGCCAACUUCUCUAAAACUCCCUAAGAGAUCACUCUUAGAGUUGAUGACGCAUUAAAUGGCAAAUUCAUGUGCAUUAAGAGAAAAAUAUCCAAAAAAGGAUCAAGCCCUCCUGCCUUGAGAAAACAGCUUUGGCAUUUUCCAGCAUUAAUGUAAAGAUAAUGUUCCUAUGAUGACAUAUUUUCAAAGAAACACUUUCUUAUUUACUGCGUGGUGUAAACUGUUGUUAAAUGUGUUGUUACAUUAUGUCACUGCUGAAAGUUAUUUGCACUAUAAUAAAGGAAUUUUCUACAAGAUAGCUUCUGGGUUAUUACAUGCUGCAUUUGGCUCUAGAUACAAUGUAUUAUCAUAGACCAUGUGCUUAAUAGUGGUCUCUUUAUCUCACAUGCUAUAAGACCAUGUGUAUGUGUGCUUCCCAUAUUGAUAAAGGCUAGAAAAAUGUCUCAGAGGCUCCAGAGACCCAAUGAGCUUAUGUUGUGGAUGCCUAGGCUCUGUUUUAAUAAA